UCCAACUCCCCCUUUUGGUCAAUUGAUGAAAGGUGGUGGUCUCGGCGGCGGCGGCGGCGUAUUGUCGUUAAAUGGGCGGCGAGGAGGAAUGGCCGGAGCCUUCAGUUGCCGGAGUUAGAUUGGUUGACGCGCCAAUUCUUUUCUUUGUCGUCACUCACAAGGCUUUCCGCGCGGAGCUCGAUGCCGUCCGCCGUGUGGCGGCGGAGGCCGCCGAGGGCGGCGAAGUCAUCGUUGAGCUUAGUCGGAGGCUCGAGUUUUUGAAGCUUGUGUAUGACUACCACAGUGUUGCGGAAGACGAGGUUAUCUUUCUGGCAUUAGAUUCUCAAGUUAAGAAUGUAGUACGGACAUAUUCCCUUGAACAUAGCUCUAUUGAUGAUGGCUUCAGUUGCAUCUUCAACUACUUGGAUCUCUUGAUAAGCAAAGAAGACGAUGCAUCUCAGAUGUUUCAAGAUCUUAUUUCUUCGAUUGGUACUGUGCAGACCAUGAUUUGUCAUCACAUGCAUAAAGAAGAGGAGCAGGUUUUUCCUUUGCUGAUUGAGAAAUGCUCGGUCGAAGAGCAGUCUCACCUCGUCUGGCAGUAUAUGUGCACUGUUCCCACUAUACUACUGGAGGAAUUUUUACCAUGGACUACUCGUUAUCUUAGUUCAGAUGAAAAACUAGAUGUCCAACAUUGCAUAAAGCUUAUUGUGCCUAAUGAAAGACUACUUCAAGAGGUAAUCAUUUCCUGGAUUCAGCACGAGAGUUCUUUGCUGGGUGCCAACAGCAUAUAUGGAAAGAGGCAUCAACUUCUAACUGGACUAUCCAAUAGGGACAUACAUAAGCUGUAUCCACUUCAGAUUUCCUCUGACCAAGAACAGCAAUUCAAGAAAGCAUGUUUGAUCCAUAAGAGUUAUGUGGAGGAACCCGUCAAAGGUAUUCAUAUUUGGCAUGCUGCGCUGCGGAGAGAUCUCAAUCAAAUUCUUGACGAAUUGUUCCAUUUAAUGAGCUCAAACUGUUCCUCAAGUGUGUCUUCAGUUUUUGUCCAGCUCAAAUUCAUUGUAGAUGUCUUGAUCUUCUAUAGCAAUUCUUUGGACAAAAUAUUCUGUAAUUUUUCAACUCUUGAAGCUGAGAAUAGCAAAUCUCCGUGCAAUCCACUCAUAGAUGAAUGCCAGAUUAAAGUUCUCCGAAGGUUGCUGCUCUAUGAAUCUCAAGGUUCGACACAACUAGAAAACUCUGUGGAGAUGCUUUAUCAGGAACUGAAAUCCCUUGUAAGAGGGCUGGGCAAAAACUUGAUGCUUCUUGAAACUGAGGUUUUCCCAUCCAUUACCACAAGUUGCACCAUUGAAAUGCAAAUGUGGUUGCUCCAGGCAUGCCUUUAUAUGAUGCCACUCGGGCUGCUAAGGUGCACUGUUACUUGGUUCUCGUCUCAUUUAACUGAGAACCAGACAAAAUCUAUUAUAAAGAAAGUAGAGAUCGGAUGUCCAGCAAUAAGUAAAACCUUUACUUCUCUACUAUGUGAAUGGGUCCACAUUGGUUAUUCGGGUAAAUUCUCAGCUGAAAAAUUUAGGAAAAAUCUGGAAGAAAUGUUCAAUGGCAGAAGCUUCUACUUAACUGAGCAAAAUAGACAGAAAACUAUUUUCUCUGAUUGGAUGUUCAACCCAAAUACAACAACAAAGAUAAAGAUGUGUGCUGACUUCCCGUCUUCUCCUGUCUCUGAGGAAACAGGAGAACAUGAUAUAUUUAAUCCAAGUGAGAUGAACAUCCGCAUAUUCUUUUCUCAGAAGUUCAAAAGAAUGCCACCACUUCACAGAAAUCUUGUGGAGGCUGACCAUGCUACUUCCUCGACUCUCAAAUCUAGGCCCAUGGAUGCUGUUUUUUAUUUCCAUAGAGGUCUAAUAAAAGAUCUGGAGUACCUUGUCAGCUUAUCAGCUAAGCUGGCUGCAGAUGCCGGAUUUCUCACUGAGUUUAAGAAGCGCUUCAAGCUUUUGCGAACCAUCUAUCAAAUUCAUAGUGACUCGGAAGAUGACAUUGCUUUUCCAGCUCUGGAAUCAAAGGGAGCACUUCGAAAUAUAAGCCACUCCUACAGCAUCGACCAUAAGUUGGAAUUCAAAUAUUUCACAAAAACUUCCAUAAUCCUGGAGGAGAUAUCUGAAUUGCAUGAUCAGCUUGGAAGCAAUGAGACUAGAGCGCGGCUGGAUAAGUUGUUUCUGGAAGUCCAUCAUACUUGCCUGUCUAUGUGUAAGGUACUAUGUGAUCACAUGUAUCGUGAAGAAGUUGAGAUUUUUCCUUUGUUUAGUGAAAGCUUCUCCAUUGAUGAAGAAGAAAAGAUCAUAGGCCAUAUGCUAGGGAGGACGAGAGCAGAGAUGCUGAAGACAGUAAUAACCUGGCUAAUGGCACAUCUAACUUCUGUUGAACAGCAUGCCAUGAUGUCUAUAUGGCUCAAGGUUGCUAGAAACACGAAGUUCGAUGAAUGGCUACGAGAAUGGUGGGAGGGUAUGGCUGAACAUACCGUAUCCGCAGUGGAAGAGGGAUCUGGACCUCCUGAUGACCCCCUGGAAGUUGUGUCGAUGUAUCUGCUGAAGGAUGGUGCUCAAAUGAAAAUAGGUCAUAACAGAGAGACCAGCGGAGGGAAGGAUGAAUUCCAGUCUCAAGAUAUAAGCCUAUAUCAAGAGGAGACUGACAAAAAGAAACUCAAUGGAGCCGACACGAUAUGCCAUGAUGUAGCAGAGGUAACUAGUACAGCAUGUAACAAAUUGAGCCACAAGGAGCACCCUCUAAGCAUGAAUCAGGAGGAGCUGGAUGCAGCACUAAGAAGGGUAUCUCAGGACCCUAAUCUGGAUUCUCGAGAGAAAACAUAUUUAAUGCAGAAUUUGCAAGUGAGCCAGUGGACUAUAAUGCAAAAGAUGCACAGCCAGGCUUCUGUGGGGAAUCACGAGGGAGAUAUCCCAGGUCAAAGUCCUUCUUAUCGAGAUCCUCUUGGAGUAAUUUUUGGUUGCAAGCACUAUAAGAGAAACUGUAAGCUUCUCACUCCAUGUUGCGAUAAGCUCUACACGUGCAUACGUUGCCAUGAUGACCAAACAAACCAUUCAGUGGACAGAAAAGCUAUAACGAAAAUGAUGUGCAUGAAAUGUAUGGUAAUUCAGCCAAUUGGGCAGAAAUGUAUGAGCCAAUUUUGCAAUGGCUUCUCCAUGGGAAGAUACUAUUGCAGGAUUUGCAAAUUGUUUGAUGAUGGACGGCAAAUAUACCAUUGCCCUUACUGCAACUUGUGCCGGGUUGGGAGGGGACUGGGUGUUGAUUAUUUCCACUGUAUGAAAUGCAAUGCUUGUAUGGGGAAGGGUCUCGUUGUACAUAUAUGUAGAGAGAAGUGCCUGGAGGAUAACUGCCCUAUUUGCCAUGAAUAUAUUUUUACGUCAAACUCUCCGGUCAAGGCACUUCAAUGUGGUCAUUUGAUGCAUUCAUCUUGUUUUCAGGUCUACACUUGCUCUCACUAUACUUGCCCGAUCUGUAGCAAGUCACUUGGUGACAUGCAGGUGUACUUCCGGAUGUUAGACGCUCUGUUAUCAGAACAAAAAAUCCCAGAAGGGAAUUCUGGUCAGACUCAGCUUAUAUUAUGCAAUGACUGUGAACAAAGAGGAACAACCUCAUUUCAUUGGCUUCACCACAACAAGUGCUCAUAUUGUGGUUCGUACAACACGAGGAUUAUCUGACUUGAAAACCUGGAAAGUUUGUAUGUACACAUUACUAGAUGUAGAUAUAUUUCCUUUACGAUUUAUGCAACUGGUAAAAACAAUUGCAAUUUUCAGAAGGUGAAGUUAUUUUAAGCUACUCCAUCACCAUGUUCCCUCUAGUAGAGAGGCUUUGGUAAAACAACCGAUUGUAGGAUUCUGUACUUAAGCUCAAUCAAUGAAUAAAUGAUGAUUUCCAGAUGCAUUAUUCUGAAAUAUUUCAGAAAGUAAAAUAUCCUGAGUCAAGGACAUUAUCUGUUGGUAUUUUUAAUUUUCUAGCAAAUAUUUCUCUGAAGUGUUGAAGGAUACUGUGAUACUUGUGGCUAUGUCAAAUAGUUGGAUGUGUAUAUUUUAUGAUAUAAUCACAUGAAAAACACAUUAAUGUAUUUCAGAAUUCGAGGUUACAGUGUAAUGACUCUGAUGAGGCUAAUUUUUCAAAAUUGUACACAAGUUGUCUGAUUUCUCUUAGCUAUAAGAUCUUAUAUAUUUGUAUGAUGAUUUUUUUUUUCAAAUCUCAUAUCAUAGUACACUUUGACCGAUUUGAUCAUCAAUACCUUUCACCCGGUCUGUCAAAAUUAUCCAAGACAGAUGAAGUAUUGAACUUACCUUGCACUUUUUUCCUCUCUUUCAUUAAGGUCACCCGUUGCACCAAUUAUAAUGGGUUGACAUGACUUCUUAUGUAUUCAGUUGAAACACAAAUUACUGGGAUUUUAUAGUCUUUUACUGUAUUACAGUUUUUCAUCUUGUAAUCAGACUGAAAAGGGUAACUCAUGAGGCAGGCUGAUGAGGACGUAUGAGGUUACGACUCAAAUCAAAUUGAGAAGAGGCUUGUGUUGCCACAAGGUUAUUAUACUCUGAUUGGCCGUCUUGCUGGACAAGCGCGGCCAUGGCCGUGUUCCCAGGAGGCGCCAUGCCUAACUGCAAUUGUGAGAGGACUGCAUGGAGUUCCUCCUCAGCUAGCUGAACCUGAGAAGCGAGAUUCUGAACUUCGACCAAGCAUCCGUAGACGGGGUUCCUCUCACGCAUUGCAGCGUGGAAUUUGACGGACUUGAUGGCCAUGAGUCUCUGAUCAGGGUGGAGCUCCUUGAGCAGUUUCUGUAUGUGUUUGACGCCGAACAGCCUGUGAACACUUUGGAACACGUGAGGUUGAUCGGCUGGGAAGAAGGGUGCAAGGAGGCAUUGGGGGGUGCACCUCCGCCUCUGGAACUUGCACGCUGCGCAAGCCUGCCCGCUGCCACUUCUCAGGGUCAUCGGUCCUCAGAAUCGAAGCAUGAUUCAAGGAAUGGCAAUGGUGUCCUGUUCUCAAUGGCAGAGUGAUGAUGAUGUGCAAGUGUUUUGUGUGUUGGGAGUUUGGUAAAAGACUUAGUAAAUUUUGCGAAAAUGAAGGAAGUGUUUGUUUGAAAUGUAGGGACAAGUGGAGGUUUAUUAGGAGAAUAUGGAUUUCCUAAAAUUAAGGGGUCAUGCUAUUUCUAGUGGCUAAGCCCGGUUUUGUUGGUUAAGUGAAAGUCAAGUGUUGUUUUAGUAUA